AUGGAUAGAGUGAAGAAAUAUGACAAGGGAAUACGGACAGAUGAGAAGACAUUAGGAGGGGAUGAGGGCGGAGUGGCGAACGGAGUGUCUGUGCGAGUUGCUUACUGGGAUAGUGCUUUGGCCGUUCAGGUAGCUUCUUUUCGUUUUUAUGCUUGGCUAUGGACAACCAACCGUCUGACGCCAUAUCCCCCUCGCUACCGCCCGCCCGCCCGCCCACUGUGGAAACACGAAGACAAACUAGAGAGAGGGAGAGUAGGCCUUGUUAUGUUUCCACAGAAGAACAGCAAUGGCAGUGACAGCAGUGGCAGUUGCCUCAUCCUUUUUUUUCCUGUUUUUCCUGCAGCAGCAGUUGCACUAACACAUACUGAAAAUGAAAGGGCCAUGAAGCCUGAACUUAUGGGAGCGUUCCAUUUCCUUAAUUUCUUCGUAUUUUCAGAUAAUUUCAUUUCUCUGAGAACCACUAUCACGUCUCUUACGUUUCGUAAUUGA